AUGUCGGACCCUUACCACCAGACCUACGCGCCACUGCAAGACCACGGCUACCCACCUGCGGAGAAUCAACCUCAUUACCAAGGGCCAGCGUACGGUUAUGAGCCGCAUCCAGCGCCUAAUCCGCCGCCCGAGGGGUACCAUAACGCGUACAAUCAGCAGCCAUACUCCGAGUACGCCCCAUCAGCCCACGGCCAGGAGUACAGCCAGAGCCCCGCCAUCUACCAUCCGGCCCCCGAGCCACAACAUGAGUACCUGAGCCAUGCGCCGGCUGUGGGUAGCACAGACUCCUACGCAAAUGGACAUGGAUAUAACGACGCCCAUCUAAGCCCGCACUACGAACCUCGGGCGCGAGGAAGUAAUGCGGAAUAUUACGAAUCUCAUCCGCAUGACGACUCUCACCACUCAUCAGCGAUGGACUCUUCAUCCUCAGUCAACCGCGACCGCGACCGCGACCACGACGAACCAGAUGCCGAGGCAGGGGGAGACAGAGAGCGGGGAAUAGGCGGUGCGCUUGUCGGCGGUGCGACGGGGUAUUACCUGGGACACAAGAAGAGCCACGGGUUGCUGGGCGCUGUGGGCGGUGCCCUUUUAGGGAAUUUCUUGGAGAAUAAGCUCGAGGAGCGCAGGGGUGAUGGGGGUUCGCAUGGGCAAGGGUCGCACAGUGGCCGGCGACGCCGCACUCGUCAUCAUCGUCAUCACGGGGGCAGCCAUCGGUCCAGCUCGAGACAUAGCCGUCGGAGUAGCAGUAGCAGUUCGAGAUCGUCGUCGUCCUCUGGAUAG